AUGUCAGAGGCGUUGCUCAAGGCUCUGUGCGUGCUCCUGUAUCGGCUCGCUUUCCCAUGCCGCCUGAAGGACAUGCGCUUGGUUUUCGGCAUGAGCGAAUCGUGUAUGUGCGAAGCCUUAAACUGGAUGUUGCAUUUUCUAGACUUCAGGUGGGGGUAUCUGCUGUCCCUCGACGUGGCACGCCUGCAGCCGCACCUGAUCGAGUUUGCGGAAGCAAACUUCAACCCCGGUUGUCCUCUCACUCACUGUUGGANCAAGGCCAUCUUGCGCAAGUACUGGCAGCGAAUAUUCUACAAUGGGCACAAGAGGAAGCACGCCAUGAAGUUCCAAGGGGUAAUUUCACCAGACGGACUAUUUGUGGAUCUGUGGGGCCCCGUGGCGGGGGCACGGCAUGACAGCUUUAUUCUAGCGUAG